ACUUGUGUGACUGGAGCUGUUGAAGGCUCACAUGAAUAAGCACAGUCAAAGUUUGAUGGUUGACCUUCCGUUAGCUGCGUGAAUCUCACAAAGAAAUAUCAAUGGAUACAUUAGCUUUAUUUAUCGUCUCUGUGUCUUUUACAGGUUUAACUAGUGGAGUUGGUUUGUUGCCAGAUGGUCCUCUGAAUGGAGCUGUUGGAGGGACAGUGAUGUUUACCACAGUGAAUCCACCAGAGAGUCCAUUUGGAAACACUAUCUGGAAGUUUGGGGACAAAACUAUAAUCAUUUCAAAUAUUCAAAACACCACUCACCCUGAAUAUGAGGGAAGAAUCACCUUCUUCCCCUCUACUGGAUCUCUGGAGCUCAGGAGUCUGUCUCUCAAUGACAGUGGAGAAUACACAGUCAGGAUUACAACUGUGAGUGAGUUUGAAGGCAGACCCACACUGAGAGUUUACGAGAGAAUAUCAAAUCCUUUCAUCACACAAUCACCAAAGGAGGCAAUAGAGGGGAACUCUGUCAACUUAACCUGUGACGCUGCUGGCUCCGUGUUUACCAGAAAGUGGAUGAAGGAUGGAUCUGAUCUAACUCAAGCUGACAUUAUACUUUACGAUAACAACAGAGUUCUGUCUUUUCAACGUCUAAAUAAAACAGACAGAGGAGAAUAUUCCUGUAAUAUCAGCAACCCCAUCAACUCAAUGGAAGCUAAACACGUCUUGGUUGUGAACUACGGACCAGAACACGCUCAAAUCGAAGGCCAGCAUCACAUAUCUUUGGGAGACACCUUCACAUUAACCUGUGAGGCCGAGUCUGAACCACCUGCAAACUUCACCUGGUUACUGAAUGGGACAGUGAUACUCAAUUCUCCUGAGUACACUAAAAAGAACGCUGAAGCGUCCGACAGUGGAAACUACAUCUGUCAAGCAAAGAAUAUCAUAACUGGAAGAUCAUCUUCUUCAGUGCAUGGAGUGACUGUAAUAGAGAGAAUAUCAAAUCCUUCUAUCACACAAUCACCAGAGGAGGCAAUAGAGGGGAACUCUGUCAUCUUAACCUGUGACACUGCUGGCUCCGUGUUUACCAGAAAGUGGAUGAAGGAUGGAUCUGAUCUAACUCAAACUGACAUUAUACUUUACGAUAACAACAGAGUUCUGUCUUUUCAACGUCUAAAAAAAACAGACAGAGGAGAAUAUUCCUGUAAUAUCAGCAACCCCAUCAACUCCAUGGAAGCUAAACACGUCUUGGUUGUGAACUACGGACCAGAAAACGCUCAAAUCGAAGGCCAGCAUCACAUAUUUUUGGAAGAUCAUUUCACAUUAACCUGUGAGGCCGAGUCUGAACCACCUCCAAACUUCACCUGGUUACUGAAUGGGACAGAGAUACUCAAUUCUCCUGAGUACACUAAAAAGAACGCUGAAGCGUCCGACAGUGGAAACUACAUCUGUCAAGCAAAGAAUAUCAUAACUGGAAGAUCAUCUUCUUCAGUGCAUGGAGUGACUGUAAUAGUACCAUCACGCUGUAGUGGUGGUUGUAUCGCUGGAAUAGUAAUUGCAUGUUUGGUGAUCCCUGGAGCAGCUGCUGCUGCAGGAUACUUUAUCUACAAAAAGAAAGCCAACAACAAACCUCAGCAAAAAGGGACAGAUAAACUACAACAACCAAAACAAGAAGCUGUUAAUGAGAACACAUCAACAGUAUAUGAUAACACAUCAAUGGUAUAUGAGAAUAUAUCAACGGUAUAUGACAACACAUGUACGGUAUAUGAGAACACAUCAAGGGUUUCUGAGGACACAUUAAGGGUAUACGAGUGUAUAUAAACUCAGCGGUCUUUUGAAGGUAAAUUGAACUUGUGCCAUGAGGAUACAUGUAUCAUGAAGAUGGAGCACCAGAAGGAAUUUGUCCUCAGAGACUUCAUUGUUAUGAAGUCAAAGCACUUUGUAAACAUCUGUUUUAAAAGUGAUAUUAAUAUAUAAAAACAGAUGUUUGUAUAUACAGUAUAUAUAUUGUUCUUUUAGGUAAUUCUUUGAUUUAAUACAUUUUUAACUUUCUGAGGCCAUAACCGCUCAGCUUAGGAUGCUGUUAAUAAGAGUUGAUCAGUUAGUGGUUGUAGGCGGUGUUGAAGAGGUGAGUUUUCAGGGAUAAAUUAAAUUUAGCAUGGGCUUCUACACUGUAGCAAUCCUUUAUGAGACAAUACGUUCUUAGUUUUGGUUUGCACCAUAUAUCUACAUACCAUUUCUCUUUGUACAUAACAAACAUAUUAUUCUUUAUCUCCUGAAUAUCACAAGUUAACUUAAGCCGAAGCAUUUCACAUUUAUGUCUGAUAUUUGGAGGCUCCAAUCCCAUAUCUCCAUUCACAGCAAGGACUGGCGUUAAUUUAUGGACUCCCAAGAAGGACCUCAGAGCUCUCUGAUGUACAGAAUUGCAAAUUAGAUGUUCCAGGAACCCCCAGACACCAGAAGCAUAAUCUGACACUGGACACACACAUGAAUGAUAGAGUUGUGUAUAAAUCUGAAAUCCCAGAUUACCACAGUGUUUAACUUUGUUCAGUACAGAUCCCAGAGCUCGACCAGCUGACUGAGUCAAAACACUCAUAGCUUCUUUAAAAGUCAUGUGUUCAUCCAAUGUCAAGCCAAGAUAUUUAUAUUGAUCAGCAUAUGAUAGCACUGUUGUGCAUAAAUUAAAAAUAAAUGGACUUCUUACUCAUGAUUUUUGCCUGAAAUGUA